UUUGGGCAACACGAUCCGCACUUGAUCCAAGAUGGCGGUCCCACGUCCUCUGAAAAGACCGCGUUUGGGCCAUCCAGACGUAUACCCACAAGACAGUAAACAAAAAGAGGUAAGCUUUAACUAAGAUCUAGUUUGAAGUGAAUCAUUAUCAUGCUAAAUUUGCCCACGAUCUUUCCAGGAUGAACUCACCGAGGAGAACGUCAAGAAAGGAUUUAGCUACCAACCCCUGCCUUUCAGUUCUGGAUCAGUCGAGGUUGUAGGACUUUAUUAAAGCCAUAUUUCGUUUCGUAAUGUUUUCUUUUACCUGUGAAAAGGUUCUGUGUUGUGUUAAGAAUAUGGCGAAUGUGUCUUUUUUUUUUUUUAGUAUGGAUCGGCAAAGGAUAUCAUGUGCAAUGUUCCCUUGUCAAAGGUAAUUUACACGCUUGAGAGGUUUAUUGGACUUUCUGAAUACAAACAGAGGAUCGCGCGCAGAUGACUUGUGUGUAUGUGUUUUAGGUAAAAUCCAUAUCCAGGUCAAGCCAGAUCUUUUUCUCAUGGUUGGAUAAGGAACCAAGGAAAUUUUGAAUGAAACUAGGUUGAAGUACUUGUUAAUCUGAGUACAGAUAAUCUAAACGACAAUUCACGAUUGGUUGGCCACUUGUCAAUCUGUAAACAAAAAAACUCUCACUCUCAGAUCAGUGGAGUUCAAUUUUUACUGUGGUUCUAACUUUGCAGCACAUGGCGAACAAACAAGGGUCAAGAACUGUGCCCUAGGGUGCAUUUGAUUGGGAAAUCUGGAUUUAGAUUUUAAAAUCUGGAUUUUCAAUUUGCAAUCGAAUGUGAAUUCCAAAAACGGAUUUCAAUGCUGAGAUGUCUGUUUUUGGAUUUCCUAAGAAGGAUUUGAAAAACUGUCCUUGAGAACAACUGUCUUGCAAGCGCACACAUAAUUAGCAAAAACAAGACCACUGUUCAUGAGAAUAGUUUUGCAAAUCCUUUUUUGGAUUUCCCAAUUGAUUGGUAAAUAGGAAAUCCAUGAAAUCCGGAUUUGAGUUCAUAAUUGAAAUCCUCCCCGAGGACAGAUUUCUCGCAGAUUUUGUGUUCAAAAUCAAAACCUAAAUGCAGAUUUCCCAAUCAAAUGUAACCUGAUAAUGGUUUAACUAGUCCAAACUAAACAGCAGGGCACAAACAAGCUCUUUGUUUACCGAAAAAAGUAGGUGAGAAACCUAGUGUCAGUAGUCAGAAAGGAAGGAGGAAUGCAAAGCAGCAGAUCGCCAAUUAAAAGAUCCCAUCGCCAUCUCUUAUCUUUUCUUUGUUCAGGCUUCCACCCUCAUUCCUUGCAGCUUUGCCAUUCACCCCUCAGGCGUGCUCUUAGUAUAGAAAAAAAUUAUUGUGCAUUAAAAGACAACUAAGAGGCUGCUUGCAGUCUAUUGUUUACUUCAAGAUGUUUUUUUUUUUGACAGUUUACACAAAGCUUCAGUGCAAUUUUAUUAGAAAAACAGAAGCAAAACACGUAUACUUCACAAGAUGGCAAUAAGAGAAAACCACAGCCUGUCAAGGACAAUUUUGUACCAGUAAGUACCCAGACAGCACAUGCAUUUUGACAUAAUACAUGCAAAAGUCAUCUUUUAAUUUGCUAUAUCAAAUUAAUGAAAAAUUGAUGCUAAUUAUUAUUUCUAAUCCUUUCUAUGUCAUUCCUUCCUAGCCAACACCCACGCAGUAUUCUAGGCACACAUCACCCAUUAAUAAUACCUGUAGUAUUAUUUUUUUUAGUAUAGUUUUUGUGGGCUUAGAGUUUACAGUAAGUUUCUCCAUAGUCCCUGCAAACAAUCUCCUGUUGGUUAGAUUGUCCACCCAGUAAAUUGGGUCCUGUGGGUUCAAAUUCUACCCAGUUUUUUUUUCAUUAUCCUACAGUUUAUAUUUGUGACAUUAUGAAGUCAAUAAUAAAUGUAGCAUCUUUGUCAAUAUGAAAAUUUGAUUUAUUUAUUUCUCAUGCAUCAUCCUCAAUAUCAUCAUCGUCAUUAUCAUUAUCUUUAUCAACAACAACAUCAUCAUCAUCAUCAUCAUCAUUAUCAUCAUUAGAUCAUCAUCAUUAGAUCACCAUCAUCAUCAAGACAUCUUAAAUAAUUUUAAAAAUACUUGUGGUUGCUGUGGUUGUUAUUGUUGUAAAUGAAAUCUCAGUCUCCUUGUACAAUCAUUUAUCUUCUCAGUCUCUACAUUUGUUUUCUUAUGAUUAUACACUUGUCUCAUCAGGUUCAUGCAACUGCCCGUUCUCGUGGAUUUAUAUCCAGUUGGUUUCAAGAUCUAGCAGGGAACAAACCCCUCACUGUAUUAGUAAAGAAGGUGAGUGUAAAAAAAUGAAUAAAUGUACCAAAAAAAAAAGAAAAGUCAGAAAACCUGAAAAACUCUGGCUAAAAGCUGUAUGUAUCAGCAGGGCCAAAAGUACAGAAAAAUGAUCAUUUCUGUAUCAUCUGUUUGUUGUUGUUGUUGUUGUUGUUGUUGUUGUUGGUGUAUAUGUUCAUAAAUUUAAUGUGAGACUGAUUAUAAAAGUAAAUGUAAUUAAACUUGAGUAGUCAUAACCCUUCAAGUCUGAUUUCUUGAGUCCUCAUUCUCUCCUAGUACAAAAUUAAAUACAUUACAGAUUUCAAUUUAAUCGCACACUGUACAGGGACUAGUACGGUGGGGAGUUGUUUUAUUAAAAACAAUGCAUGCUACCCUGAGGAACACAAAUAACAUAUUUUUAUUACUUUUGACUCCAUUGCUUGCCCUUUGUACAUGUAGUCGAGGACAAGAAGAUUUGCUUGGUAGCCAAGUUACAGUGUACAUUAAGAGAUCACUUGCCUAAUGGGAAAGGGUGUAGGCGAGCAAGAAGUGACCCCGGGCAAAUGUGAGAGCUACAUUGUAUUUCUCACCCAGAGGACAGCUAAAAGAUGGAAUUCAAAUUUUUUUUUUCUGAGUCCUGAUUUCCUGAAGUAAUUCAAAUAAAGUCAAACAUUGUGAGAACAAGUAAUUACAACUAAUUUUAAGCAAAACACUUUGGAAAAAAUCUCAACCUCUGUUUAUGGAGAGAUUUUUUUACAGUGUAAUAGAAAACUGUGAAAGUGAUUGAGAGUUUGAUAAAUCUCCAUCAGGUAACAAGUAACACAAGAUUUAUUGAAAGAGGGGAAACUUCAAAACAAUUUGUUUUUUGCUUUUUAGGUGCCUAUCUUUAAUAAGAAAGAGGAGAUUUUUAGCAGCCUUUGUGAGUACUCUAUUCCCAUGCUGCGGGCAGCAUGGUUCAUAAAAAUAUCAUCAGCUUAUACAACCGGCAUCAGUGAAUCCAAGGGCAAGAAAAGAGUGAUGGCAGAUCCUGCACAAGGUACUAUAGAGAUAAAAAUUUAGACUUAUCUAUUGUAAGUGGCUGAUAUCUUUAUUGAACUGUUUUUGAUUUUUUAUGACCUUUUGGUUGUGAUUUGAAAAAUGAAUCUGUAAAUAUGGUGAGGCAAAUCAAACAACCUUUCAUCAUGCUUAUAGAUGCUUAACAGGUUGCAGGGUAGCUAAGUGGUGAGCAUGUCAGACUUGCAUAAUGUCUGUCCUUUGUUUGAGUCCCACUCCGACAACUUAAUUAUUUAUUUCUUAGUUGUCCUGAAUUCAAAUCCUCUGGACACUUGUAAAUAGGUAGCUAAUCAUCUCCUGCCAGGUGGUUUUUUUAUUCUUGUUGUGUGCUAUUAUUUUGGAUUAUAUGUUUUUAUUAUGUGUGAGGGGUAUGGAAUGCCAAGUACACUCACUUUUGUGACUAUAAAGAAACCUUUCUUAAUCCAUUUUCUCAUUAGAAAAGUACAGGAGUAGGGUUAGGCCAGUGGCUUUAAAGGGGUCAAUAUGGCUUCUUGUUAAAGUCAAAUAAUACAAUAUUUUAGCUUUAAUUGAAUGUGAGGAAUAAUAAAAUUGUGUUCUGUCAAACAUGUGCAUUUACAUGUACCUUCAAGGAGUACAAUCACUGUAUUUUUCCUGCAACAUUUUAAAAGGCCCCUAGUGACAAUAUUAACAAGUGUUUGGAAGACAAACUGAUUUGAAUGUAUUCUUCUUUAUAAUUUAAGAUUGGACUCAUGCCAUAACAAAAUACCUGAAGGAUCAACUGAACAAGAUAGCAGAUUUUUACCAGAGCCACUUUGGUGGAAUAACCUCCACUCAACAUCAACAAAGAAUGACUCCUGAAAUGGAACAAGCACUAAAACAGUGGAACUACACUGUGCGACUAACACACUGGCUGUACGAGGUUAGAUUAUUAUCUCUCUGAAUUUGGCUAUGGUCCCCUCACUUCAGCUCCAGCUUAUACAGCUUAAUAUACUCCCUUCUUUUAAGUGAAUGAGCGAUUAGGAUUAAUAAUCGUGAAAAAGUUUGAAAGGCUGGAAGAUCACUAACAGGGUUUUGUCAAGAGGCCUUGUUAGGGUAAAGUCCUGACAAGUAACAAGGCCUUGAAACAGCGAAAUGGUUACAACGACAUGGAGAUGAGUUAAAACUGUGACAGUUACGAGGAAAAUCACAAAUACAAUAGUAAAAUACCGUAUAGUGUCAUGACCUCAGACCAUUCCUAUGAGAAACGAAAUUCAAACUAGGGACAUGAGUACCUCCCAUAACAGGGCUGUCAUUAAGAGGCCGGGGCCGGGGAUUUCCCCUGGCUACUAUGAACGUGGCCUGAAGCUACUUUUAAAGGAAAAUAGAACCAAAAGAAACCCCUAGCUGUCUAAUUUCCCGCCUAUGUGUACUUGUUGUACAUGUAUUUACCCGGCAACUUGAAAUCUUAGUGAAAACCCUGCAUAAGAAGGCCUCUGUCAAAAUAAUGCAGGCUAUUGUAAGCAGAGCUGUCCACAUGAGAGUGUCUGGAAUGAGUUAGGUGUUUGGUUGGUUGAUCCCUUCAUACUGUACAGCUGUGUAGUACUCUGUUAUGUGCUAUUGUCCUAUGAAUGCUUUCAGGAGAGUCUUCUUGACAGACAGGAUUUUCUUCAGUGGCUGUUGGACUUGCUGGACAAAAGCAAAAAUGCUGAUGAUCUGCUGCUAAAAUAUUUAAUCCCACUCUUAUUAAGGGUAUGUAUUACAGUAAGAAGACAAAAGUGAAUUACAGCACAUUAAUUUUUGUAUGUGCUGUCCAAGAUGCAACAUGCACUCUGAUUGGCCAUUAUCUUUGCCACUACUUACCACCUCUGUGAAAAGAUACCCCAUCUCAUAUUUGUCAACUUUCUAAAGGAAAACAAACUUUCCAAAAACUGACCCGGACCUUAUCAGGGCACCUGGCUAAAACUGUGCAUCAAGCCUUUAAGUCCCAGCAUUAACCCUUCAAGUCCCAAUAGUGACCAACAUCAAUUUUCUCCCAACAAUAUCCAUAUGUUGCCAAGAGAAAUGGUUAUGAGAGUUAAUGAAAUGAUCACUAAAGAGAAAAUGCUUAAAUCUGUUAUCAAACUCUCACAACUAAGAAUUCUUUAAAGAAAUAUAAUUAUGGAGAUCCCUAUGGAGAAUUUAUCAUCGAAGGAGGUGUAUGCAGGGUCCGAAAUUAAAGUUUUAAUACAGGCGCCACCUGGUGAUCAAGUGUAAAUUUUUGGUCGCCAGAGGGCAAAUUGUGGUCGCCAAAAAUUCCCCCUCCCUUUUUUUCAAAUAAAGUUUAAACACGAAUAAAAAAUGCAUGGUAUGGACGUUUUUAUGCUCAAAAAUUGCACUACUUCCACUCCCAAUAGCAGAAAGCAACCAUACAUGUACGAGUGAAGUCUUAUUUUUUCCACAAAUUACUUUUUGGAGAUAUAAAGCUAUCUGACCUAGAACGUGACGUAGGAACAGAAAGCUGUCUGCCCAUGACUGCACUGAUCAUAUCAAAACUCUAUUUUCGUCCGAUAACUACCACGAAACACGUCGUAUUGAUCGUAGCUGUUGUGGAGGUAUUAUUACAGAAAGAUUCGUUUCCCUUUUAAUUAAAAAAUAUCAACAGGACAAAAAGCAAGACUCCUGUUGGCAAAUAGCUUCAAGGUUUCAAUUCUUAAUCAGUUUCUCUGACCGUUAAAGUCCACAAUAACAACCAGCUUUACAAGGCGCUAGCUGGCGACCAGCUAUGAAAUUCUGGUCGCCAGGACUAAAUUUUUAGUCGCAUUGGCGUCCAGGAAGGCACAAUUUCAGACCCUGGUAUGGGAUGCUGGUUAAGCUUAGAACUGCUGCUGAGGGUUGCAGAUAGAGUGUGAGUGUGAGUGGCAUUCAGCUUGGCAAUAAACAUUAUUACAGUGUACAAUAAACUUAACAAUGGACUUGCUGGUAGGGGGCAUGAAAUAUUGGGACCAUGCACAAUGUGAAGCAACAUGGGUGAAAUGACGUGGCCUCAACAGUGAAGCAAUGCAAUCUUCCCCCAAAAUUAAAUAAUUUGUUUGGAAUGAAGGGAAGUCUGUAGGCCAACAUUAACUGGCAUUAAACUUACCCCAAAUUCCAUUUGCUCACAUGUAAAAUAGUCAAUGCUAAAAUCAAAAGAAUGCUGGUCUUAGCAGUCACACCUCAGUAAGGCCAUUUUGCCUGGUUAUUUCCAAGCUAUUUCCCCUCUUUCCUUCUCUUCCAUGGAAUGUAACUGGUUUGUAAGUAGCUGGUACACUGAGAGUGGCCAUAGGUAGGGUUGCCAUGGAUACCUCCUUUCCCAUGCCUUGUACAUGGUGCUGCCAAACUCCACCAACAUUAAAGCACCAGCUCCUGAACUAAUCUUUUGUUGAUGAGUUUAAUUAAUAAUCACUCCUUUUAUUUCAGUAUGUUGACCAGAUAGUCCUGUCCCAAACACUUGCCAGGAGUCUUGCACAGGUGUGUUCCAAGAAGCUGUCUACACUUUACUCUAAUGCUGAACAGAUGCAGUCUGAGCAGCAGAAUCAGGGAGGUACAAGCAGCACAAACAAGACUAGUAGCACAUCAGUGCCAAGUCCAGUACCAUCCAUCACAUCAGAAAGGUAAACAGGAUUAUUGGCCCUUUUUUUCCUGCUAGGAUCAGCAAUGUCAAAAUAGUCAAAAUCUUGUUUUGUAAUAUGUCUUCAGUUCCCCCCACCUCAAUUAGUUUAUAAGCUAUUUGCCGGUGGGAAGGUAAUGUGUGACCCUCUUUGGGAAAACGGACACUAACGCUUUUCCGUUUAAAUGGUGAAACCGUUUACUAUCCGUUUAAAUCCGUUUAAUAGGUUCAUGCAAGCGUUUAAACGGUUUGCUUAUCCGUUUAAAAAAAGUUGCAUCCGUUUAAUGCUUUAACGAAAACGUUUAAACGGUUUGCUUAUCCGUUUAAAAAAAAUUGCAUCCGUUUCAUGCAUUCGUGAAACGUUUAAACGGUUUGCUCAUCCGUUUAACGCUCUAGGGAAAACGUUUAAACGGUUUGCUUAUCUGUUUAAGAGGAAAGCAAGCAGCGUUUAAGAACUGCGAGCAGAACUAUGAAGCAUGGUCGCUCGAUACCGGGCGCGAUACUCGUUUUCCCAAAGAGGGUCACAUGUAUAUUAGUUUGUUUUUGUUGUUUGUUGUUUGUUGUCGUUGUGAUUAAUAAAGAAUGAUGGCCGAUUCAAUUUUUAGCUUAGUGAAGAUCCUAGCAGUACCCAUGACACAUGUCAUACAUGAACCUUGUAUAUGGCCCAUUUCACCACAAGUCCUUCAUAGCUCAGUGAUUAGAGCGUCUAGCCGGUGUAUGGAAGGUGAUAGGUUCAAUUCCUACUGGGGACUCAGAUUUUCUUUUUGUCCCAUGCUCUUGACAUGUUGAUUACAUCAUUUCUCAAGUUUGUUAUGUUUUCUUAUUCAGUUCAAGUUUGACAGCCGUCAGUCCUUCAUCACUUCCUGUCCUCUCUCAAUACAAAACAUGCCCACAACAUCAUGCCCUUGUCCUGGCAUUGAGUUCAGUCUUGCAAACUAUUGCCAUUUGUUGUCCUGGAGCGCUGAUCUGGAAUUCCAUUCCAAGUGGUGGAGGCAGUGCUUCUAAUAGCAGUAACUCUUCUGUUGGUAGUGCAGAUGCGGCAAGCAAUAAACCUGCUGUAUUGGGAUCUCCGCUGGACAGGUUACCCAUCGCACCAUCUCAGAUGCCGCUUCCUUCAUCAGCAAAUGCACAGGGAUUCCUGAAUACUGAGGUUGUUUAUGUCACUGGUCAAAAUUAAGUUUAGUUUAAAUUUUUUUAACUUGGUUGAUUCCCAGUUCCCUUUGUCCUCUAGCCCUAAUUCAUGAAUAAUCAGGGACUGGAGAAUCAAGCUUAAUUAAAACAUGUUAACUUGAAUAUAAUUUUGACCUGUAACUUUUGAAAAAAAGCAUGUAUGAAUUUUGCGUAAAAUUAAUUAAAGUGAAGAACAGCUCACCGAAAAGCUUGUCAGCUGACUUUUGGUCAACUGAUGGCCAACAGUUUGGCUACAGUUAGCGGUGAAGCCACUGAUGGCAUAGUGGUAACAUAAUUUUCAAAUAAAUCAUCAGCUACAUGUAAACCAGAAAUGAAACAAUUACCGGUAAGUGCCAUUGUCACAUUAUUUUUUUCCAACUUUGCAAAUUAGAGAGUGAAAAAAGGGUCUAAAAAAGGGGCCCGUCUCUCUCCUGGAAGGCUGUGACAGUCUUAUAUUUGUUGUGUUGAUAUUUUAACUUUGAGGUUGUAAUGGGGACUUCAAAAUAAUACAGCAAUAAAAAUAAUUAUCAGGUACUUGUAGAGAAGCAAAAUGGAUUGGUGCAACGAUCUUUAGAUUUUGCUUUUAAUGGGUUUGUUCCCAAAAUAUUUCUUGGACUUUGGAGAAACAGGAAAUUGAUUGUCAUUAUUUUCCUCAUUCCCAUUCUUGAACUUCACAGCUCCUGUCUGUUCUGCUUGCAAGUGAGGAGGAAAUCCAAACCCGAAGCAAAGCAAUAGAAUCUCACUGGUCCCCUGACAAAUAUCAGGACAAAUCCUCAGGUAAGAAUGAGUUCUCUUCUUUCAAAAUUCAUUCAGUAUUGUACAACAAAUGUACACCAAACAGUAAGUGGUUUGGUAAAGAAACCUUGUACACAUUCAGGGCUUGAAAAAAAUCUUGAAUUCCAGCUUAUCCUUAAUUUGGGCAAGCAGCUCUCACAUUUAUUCUGCUUAUCUGGGCAACAACAUGUGUAUUUACUUGCUUGUCGUAAUUACUGAUUCAGUAGGAAGAUGACUUCCUUUAACCCAGCUGCCAAUCAGGCAAGUGAAUUUCAAAAUUACUGGCCUGGCAAGAAAAUCAGCUCAUUCCGGACUCCUGGACUAGACUAUUUUCAAGCCCUGCACAAUGUACACAGAUUAUUAUACGUUUCCAGGAAACUGCCCACCUACCCCUCCCCUAAGCCACCAUUUUGCCCUAAGUGAGAAGUAAGUGUUAAUGUUGGCUUACGGGAGGGGUAGGUGGGUAAAAGAACUAGUCAGACUUUUCUUAACUAUAAGUACUCUUCCAAUCUCUUGACUUUCAAAUUAAUAUGCAGACAGUUUAAAGAUAGAUGUACUUUGCGAAACAAAAUUACUCUGUACUCUUUACUUUCACACCAUUUACAAAUUGUAUACUUCUUCCAUGACCCCUACUUGUAGUAAAAUGUUCAUGGGUUUUUAUUUUUUAAGUGCACAAUAUUUAUGUUUUCAAUCUAUGUGAUUUUUAGAACUGAUGGUUAAAGUAUGCAUGAAUUUCUUUUAAGUGUUGCUUUAACUUAGUAUUAGUCACACAUAGAAGUUAAAUUAAGGCCACACAUUAAUAUAAUACAUGAUUGUAUUUAGUCUUAUAAAGUGCCCACAACAAAUAUUGCAUAGUUAGAUUAUAAGUACGUGUAUGUGCACUGUUUAGCCUGUGUGUCUUGUAAUAUUCCUUAAAACAAAAUGUUGCUUAUGUUGUAGUUCAAUUUUUUUUCUUCAAAUUUUGGCAAAAAGGAAGGGUGCGUAUUGUAAGGAGGGUGCUUAAGCAAGGAGAGCUCUUAUUAAUAUUUCCUUUCAACAAACUGUGACUUUAUUAUAGCUAAAUCUUAGCGGUUUGUUAAAAAAAAUGGUUGGUAGUCCUAGUAUACACUAACAUAGAGAUGUAUCAUUAUGCAUGCUUAUAAAAUAGUUGUGGUAUAUUAUCUCAUCAUCCUUGUCAUUGUGAUGUACAGAUUGUUGCAUUGGUCUUUUAUCCCUACUAUUUAAAAUAGUGAAGGGGAGGGGAGAGGACACCUGUUUGAUGCCUUAGCCUAGGGGGUGGGCACUUAUUUGGGUGAGGGCACUUAUUAGAGCAUGGGCGAUUUCGAGGAAACAGUAACCUGUUAAUUCUUUCACUAACUUCUUUUUUAUCUUUUUAUACGCAGUAAUACUGGUAAUACUAAGCACAAUAUCAUAUUAUUAAUUUUAUUUAAUUAUUUUAGAUAGUGGGCUAUUUUUUUUUUUGUUAUCGUUAAUCUGUUCAAUAUCUUGUUACUGGUACUUUAGUUAAUUACAUUAAUUUUAUUUACUGUGUUAUAGUAUUAAUAACAUUAAGUACUAUUUAAUUUUAAUCUUGUUAGCUAUUUAUAUUUAGGGUGGAUUCAUUUGCAACAUGCAAUCUGCAAGUAUAGCCAUCACAAAUAAAAGUGCAACAGCUAUUGCUGUGUUCAAAUUAACCUAUUCGCCCCUGAACCACCCGUAACUGCCUCUGCUGAUCCAUGUCCCUUCUACCUCAUGUGAUGUCUUCAGUUUUGAUGGUCAAGGACAACCUGUCUUUGUCAUCUAAGGUGUCCGAGGGAACGAGAACUUUCAAACCAAUCCAGAAUGAGUAUGAUUCAGUCAAGGAGGCUGGAGAAAAAAUGUAACGUUGACCCAUAAAUUCUGAUGAUCUUGUUCCAGUACUCACACCUGCACUUUCUUGCAUCUAAUCCUACAAUCCUAAAAGCUUUCCCAAAAACUUUUCUGCUGAAAUAAAGCAUAGUAAAUGCCUAGCAAAAGGGAAAAAAUGGGGUGAGAAAUAAAGCAGAACAAGAGAUGAGGUUAGAAAGUGAUAAGUGAAAGUCAAGACUGCUGUGUCACUUUAAAACCCAAAAACUAUCUUGAAAAUUUGCUUUCUGUGCAUGCUUGAAAUUUGGAAGCUGACGUAUUUUACAUCUGGCUGUGAAGUGCUUGACCUAUAAACAGUGUUUUGGGCAAUUCUGGCUCUUCAGUAGUCAGGCAGUGAAUAGAAAAUGGCUUAACUUGCUUCAUAAAGAAUUUUUCGCAAAAUUCCCAGGAGUGAAUGGGUGAAGCGGCAGAUGAGUCCACCGUAAGGAAGGCAGUGUAGCUAUAUUCAAACAAAACAAGCAUCAAACAUAUACGAGGCAUGUCACAUGUUACUCUUUGGCUAUAAUUUUGCAUCAUUGUUGUGGUUAUGAAAGCUGGUUUAAAAGUUAGGUUUGUUGGUAUCGGCAGUCUUUUUGGUGUGAAAAAUACUGGGAAAUGUUUUGAAAUUGCCAGGAGGCUGAUCACAUGAUAUUCAGCAAAAUAGGUCUGUCAUGUAGCAAAUUAUACAGUUUCUUAGGCCCGGUUCAGACGCCACUCCACUCGAGUGCCGAACCGAACUGAUGAAUUAAGUAUGGCAAAAGAGUGGCAUCCGAAUCAAUUUGGUAUGGCAGUUUUAGUUAGGUGCUGCGAAAACAUUUGAAGUAAGUAAGUAAGUAAGUAAGUAAGUAAUUUUAUUUAACCACAUAUCGCAUAUGAGCGAUAGCUCGAUUAAAUGCAAAUGUAGUGGCAAAAGUUCGAACUUUUGUCGAACUUAACUUAGGCUUGACACACGGUGUGCAGUCUGAAUCAGAUAUCGCGCUAGUGUGACUCCAAAGUUGAACUUAUUAAGUUAGGUUUGGGACAUGAAAAGUACGGUGUCUGAACCAGGCCUUAGACAAAAAUGAAUGCUAAUGCUAAAGGCUAAUACUAAUGCCGUGACGAAGGUACUUUCACCAUGAAGAGGGCAAGAGAAUUAAUUCAACACAUAACCAAUAAUUCCUUCUGGUACUGUAGUUCACUACUGAUCAACCUACAUAAUUAUUUUUAGUAAACUAACAAGAAUGUAGAAUCAGUUAUUGAAGUCAGUGAGUGAAAGUAAGAGAUCUUAGUGUUCAGACAGACAGACAGAUUGUAAUGAGCUAUUUUUUUUAACCAUUGAUCUUUUGAUUCUAAGUCACCAGAGGCUCACCAACUUUGCAGUAGGGCACCUGUGUCCAACCUUGCACAGUUUCUUCUUGUGAAUGUGCAUCAAACUUGUGUCUUAAUUGCACUAAGAUGACUUCAACUGAGUUGUUUCACACACUAACUGGGAAUGGUUAUAUCGGACUGGCGUUUUUUAUUUUAUGUCAUGACAUGUUGCACUCAAUCGACCUUACUUUGACACCUGCUCAUGGUUUUUCACUGGCAAUUUUAUGUAAUCAGCUAGCUGGCUGCACUGCCUAAUUUUAUUUCAUUUUAUUUUGAUUUAUUUUAUUUUAUUUUUGUUUUGGCAUGCCUCUCUUUGUUGCAUGGCUAUAAAAUUAAUCUACUAUCAAAGUCUGCAAGUCUGUAAAUAAUUAUUGAUAAGGUUAAUGUCUGUUUUGUUUCUUUUUAUUAAAAAUAAUAUAAUUGUGUGGCUAGUCUGUUUCUUUUUUUUUUUAUGUAAAUAUCAGUUAAAUUAAUCUAAUGCAUGUAUUGCACUGCCAUAACUAGCUAGCUUUUUUUUGGUUCUGCAUUGAUAAAGUUGCCCUUACAGCUUUACUCAGUAACAACUUGUUUAUAUUGCAAUCCACAUUGAAUUUUGUUUGAAGAGGUGAAAUUAUAACAUUCAAAGUGACUUACGCAAACAUGCUUGAAUUAUUUGGCCCAUGCAAGUACCAAGUCCUUUGCUAGCAUGAGUUUUAGGAACACAUGUAAAAAAUGAUUUUCAACCCUAUUUUUCAUCAGGGUUCUCAUUACAUUUUUAAGUAGACAGCUUGGAUGUGAAAGUAGGCGGCUUGGUAAUUGAGUGCUGAAGGCAAUUUCAGGCUUUCACUCUCACUUUACUAUACUGUAUUUCCACAAAAAGUAGAUGGCUCAAACCUCCAAGUAGCUGUAUUUUUAGCUGGCCACCAGCACUUAAUAAGAACCCUGUUUGUUAACUUUUAUACCCUUAUAAUUCAAUAUUCCCAAGCGUAAUAAAAGUCAAAUUAUCGCAAUGUUUAUAAGUAGCCAGUGAGAAAAAAACAAACAAGCAAACAAUCAAACAAAACACGCUCUCGAAAGGUAUUACUGGAAAGGAUCCAUUUUUAUAGCAGCAGCUAUCACGUAGAGAUUAUUGAAAAAUAAUUGCUUUCUGAGAUUUUAGAGCCAAUUUCAAAUAAAUAUAAUUAUUAUAUUUAUUUACCGUACUAUGACUUUAAGGUACCAUAUUUAUUUUAUAUGGUGCUUAAAAAGAUCAGCAAAAGUUAAUUUUUGUAUUUGAUAGUACAGAGCCCCAAUAAAAGUCACUUUGAAACAGGCAGCUUUAAUUUCACCUCUUCAGUAGAAUUGAAACUAAAAAAUAUUACUUAGUAAAAAAGUAUCACUUUGCUAAUUCUCUCCAUUUAUUUUAGCCGUCUCUAUUUCAGUUUUAGCUGUCAAGAGGGUGCUGAACACAUUAGAGACCCUAGACCGCUACAACUUUCACCGCGCAGAUUCCUCGAAUUCCAUUGACACACUUUACAGCAAGAUUUUUGCAGACUCCACAAAAUCUGGAGGACAGGUAGAGAACUUUAUAUUAUACAAUUAUGUUAGACCCAAACAGACCAGUGAGGUUCCAGGAAACUACAAAGGGGGGAAAGAAAGGGGGGCAAUUUAAGGUCGAGGGGUGCCACACCCACCCCAGUUCAGUGAGUUCCCCUUUCACUGAAAAAAUGGUUUUAAGAGGUACUAGUUAUUGAUUACAGAAACCUGGAGUGCGUGCCCAGAAAUUAAGGCCCUAGAAGACAGAGUCUUAGGAAAGUUUUGUUAAAUAAAACAGAAGCAAAUCGUGGACGAUUUUCCCUUCUUCUUGGGAGAGGCAGGAUGGGGAAGGGGACUUGUCCCCGUCUGCUCUUAACCCAGGAAUAAUAUUAUUAUGCCUAUGACGAUGUCAAUAUUGUGCACAGAGUGGCCACCCCCAUAUACUUGCAAUAUUUUAAACGGUAUUGUGGUGGUACGAUCUCCUGCCAUUUUUUUUUAGCAGCAUUGAGUGCUUCGAAUUUUAUUGUGUAUCUGCCGUCUGUAAAAUUGGAUGAAAAUUAAUAGUGUAAUGCAGCUUUUAAUCAUAAGUCAAUCAAAUUUCAAAAUUUUGCAAAAACAUUCCAGGACAAAAAGAAAAAAUAAAUAAACAGACGAACAAGCAAAUGACUCUUGUCGCACAUUUGGUAGCUUCUCGGAAGAUGUUGGAGCAUGUUGGCCAUGUUAAGUGAAACAUGGUGAAUGCUAAAUUGCAGGCUAUUGCACUAUACAUGUCUUGUGACAGGACUUCUGUUAGCCUCAUAAAAAAAACACACUUCAAAUUUUGAACUAGGUAUAUGUGAGAUCUAACUACAUGUGCUUGUCUUUUUAAAUUUAUUCAAGGCAUCAGCUACUGAUGAGGCCAUUGCUCUUCUCCUGUUUGAAUGGGCUGUCAGCAAAUAUCGUGUUGGAAAAUACCGAGCUCUAGCAGUUGCUACGUUGUUACAAAGAAGGCAAGCAGAAAUUCUUGAGGAGGUAAGAUGACAGCGCUUUACUAUCAGCAUGGAUAUUCUCCACACUGUUCUCCAUACAUUGUCUUUGGUACUGAUAGGGAGAAUUUGUUAAAAUUAAAGAUCUUUGCAUCCAAUUUUAUAGACCAAAAUAACCCCAAAUCUAAAUAUUAGUGUAAGAAUGAGUUGAUGUAUAUCAGAGAUUUUGAAGCUGUUUAAAAAAACUCGCAGUCAUGGAUUGUCAGGUUAAAAAAAAAACACUCCAGCUCGUUUUUUAAACGGUACUUAAAACACCCCCAUGAGCUUUUCAGCUUUCAGAAUUUGUUGCAUAUCAUGAAAAGGAUAUGUUAAAAAAAAUUGCUUGGUACUAAAGUACACUUUUACAUUACAACCCUUUUGAUUUUAUCAGAGAGAAAGUUCAAAUGAACAAGGCCAGGAAGGUACAUCAUCAAAUGCUGGAUCUGUUUCAGCGUGUACGGUGCCUUGUUUCCAAAAAGUUCUCAUGAAUUUCUUGGACAACUAUGCGCCUGUGGUUGGUGAGUUUACCUGUAUAUCUGCUUGUUUUAAUAUUUAUUAUGAUUCUCUUAAAAUAUUUCGCCGUUUGUGGUUGGUCUUAAUCCCCCGGCUCUUAAAUUUUCUUGAUAAUCACCGGGCGCUGCCUAUAAUUUUGAAGAUGCAUGCAAUAUGCUUUUGAUCCGAUGGUAUGAUCAUCAUCAAGUGUCGUCGCGCCGGUAGGCGCAUAAGGCCAUGCAAUAGUUUAUUGCAAUUUACAAUCGCGAACCUCGUUUUCAGGCAUCUGCGCGGCAGCCUAGCUGGUUUGGCAUGAGUGAACUCAAAAAAAGGGCGAAAGAGUUCGAGGCUAUCUGUAGACGAAGUAGCUGAAUUACUGACUAAAACAAAUGCAAGGUAGAUGUCAUCCACUUUUUAAGGAGUAUCUGCGGGGAAAACGCUCUCGAAUAAACACUAUAAGAAAAAAAUAUAAGAAAAAUGAUUUAUCGUUAUUCUUGUCGGUGAUCUAUUAGAAAUGUGAUUUGAAAUAAACGCUGCCCUCUAAUAAUCGUCGCAUCGAAAACGCCAAGAUUCUAAUUAACGCCGCUGUGUUUAAUCGACUAAGUACAGUAUUUAUUCACAGAUGGUGGUUACCAACACAACAAGACGCAUCCAAGCUUCGCACAGCUCACUCUUCUUUUUGGGGAACUGAUCAGAAAUGAAGUGUUUUCGCACAAUGCCUACAUGUGCACUCUUAUCUCAAGAGGAGAUCUGCAACCUACUGCCCCUGUGUCCAUCCCAUCCCCACCCCGAAGCACCCUCCUGGAGCACCCUCCUGAAGCUGAACCUAUGGGUAUUGAAGAGUGUGUGCAAGAAGGGGAUGCACAGGGGGGAAUAGACAUUCAUAGCCUGGUAUGUUUCCUUUGGAGAGUGCAUCAGCUCGUAGUUUGUGGGGGAGACUAGUUAUGAUAGGAGGUUAAAAUCGAAGAUAAAAACAGCAGUGCUGCAGUUUAUGUUGGGAGCUCCCUGCCAGUGCACGAUAGGCCAUUUCCCAGUCGCCUUAAUCCUUCGUUUCAAACUGAAGCAAAGUGAAAAGCCAUUGCUUCUUGCAAAUAAAGCUCAUCUUCACCACAAAGGUGUCGCACUUAACCUGGUUUUGAAAGUGAGAGCUACGAACUCGGAAAUGGCCUAUUCAUUCGACGGGAAUGAACUAAUGGCAGGUUUUUGUUGAUCAGCAAGAUCAAAAUGAUAGGAACCCUACUGGAACGUUGUCCACUAUUAAGAAGUCCACAAAAACACAUAACAAAGUCUCACGGGCUUCAUAACCAUUCCACCUUAUUAACUAUGAUCAGUUUAUUAAAAAAUUCUUGGUAUUUAAAUCUAAAUCUGCAAUAUACCACGCCUUGAGACACCAUGCUCAUUACUUUACCACCAAAAGUGACAAGUGAUAGUCCAGUUUCUUAUUGGUCACGGCUGAAGACUCAUUUAUACAGGGUUAGUUGUAUGUGCAAAAGGGGUCUCCUUUAUCGUUCUGUCACGGCAGUCAGUUAUUGAUCACAACCGGUUUUGAGCGCGUACUGCAGGUCUUCAUCAGGCGAUAGUGUCGAUUUACUGAGUGGGACUAUUAGACGAAACAAUAAAUUGGUUCUCUUUUUGGCCUUAUAAUAAAUCCUUUUUUGACCAAGCUUGUUCGGUCAUGAUGGCUGGAUAUUGGCCUCGUUCUUGUUUGCGUUUUUAUAGACCGAGACGAACUUGGACAAUAUCCCUCCAUGGUAAAUGGCGCAUAUAUCAUAUGAAUGCCUUAUGCUAUGUAGUUGCAAGGCUUACAUUACUGAUAAUGGUCCUGUUAUUUUCUCAGUCCUGCCAUGAAGAUGACGGUCGCAAGGAUAGUAGCAGUGACAGUGAACAAAAGAUUACUCAGCAACUGCUGGACCAGGAACUUCUUGUUCAUCAAGAAAGACUUAUACAGCUACUAGAUCAGGGUGAUAAUGAAAUCUUUAUGGAACACGAAGCUCCGAUAUUAACGGCUGAUCUGUCAGGUACAGAAAUGUUGUGUACGUAAGGGUCCACUGCGUUCACAUGUAUAAGGCGUUUUGUCGAUUUAUCCGAUUGGCUGCGAAAAGCGACGAGCUUGGUCCGGCUUAGUUCAUACCCUCGUAACUAAUCACAACUCGUUUAUUUUUGUUUUCAUCCAGCUGUUGCAAAUGGCACCAAGCUAGACGGUGGCCUGAUGAAUCAGACUUCCUUGGCCAGCGUUGAUCAGAGAGACAAUUGGCCUAUGGAAUCCCCCUGCAACCUUCCCAAAAAGUCACAGCAUACCCAAUAUGCACAGCAUUUCCCCAUCCCAUUUGAGAGCAUUACAGCGCAUGAUAGCAGUCAGCGACUUGUUUUGCUGCAUGGUGUUGGCAAAGCAAGGACCAAAGCAAUAGCCACCUCAAAAGAAGUGACCAAAGCGUUGUGCGCUAUGCUGAAUGAGCUAGGAAGGCUGGAUGACUCUGGGCUUGGUGCUGACGGUGCACAGAAUAGUGAACAUGUUCAGUUGAAACGUGAGAGAGAUGAGAAGAGAGCAGUACUUUACAGGUAAAUGCCUAAUAUGUACUUACGUAAAGGAGAUAUGUCACGCCAUUUGCUCUUUUUUUGAAGAGCUAAAAUGCGUCUUCACAUCAAAUGAAUUCUAAGAAUGAUGAUGCAAUUUUGUUAUUUAAGACUGUAUUUAGGCAUUGAAACUGUUUGUUGCUACGGAUGGCAAGGAUGGAUAUGGAUAGAAAUUUGAAAAAGUUGGGCCAACUUUUUCAAGGUUAAAUUCCAUGGCUGCAAAAAUCAACAAAUAAUGUGAUGAUUAGUGCUUCCUGGUAACAUUUUUUGGAUAUCUUCAUAACUCUAAAGGAACCGGUUUUUUGUAUGGGUAAAGACAGUUAUAAGUAAUGACUUCAGCACAGAAUUGACCUAAAUAUUGCCUUGUGCAUGGCAUAGCCCCCCCCGGGGGGGGGGGGGUAGUCAACAAAUAUUUAUAUAGGGAGGCUCCGCCCCGAGGUUCAACCCUUAACCCCCUUUCGUAUACCUUCCUUCUAUUGACAAAAGGUACCCCUUUCACAUGCCUUCUUUAGAACUUUGCAUCCCUUUUAACUGCUGUAAAUGCACUGUCUUUUAAAUAGGAAUUAAUCACGAAAAUAGCACGUUUUCUCGACUUUUUAAAGCCAUAAAAUUCAUAUGUUAGCGCUUUUGGGCCCUUUUACAGACCCAAAUGACAAAUUUCCCUACCCUAUAUACUUCAACUAGUGAAAUCCCUACCCUUUUAUAAACCUGAAGCCUGAAAAAGGUACCCCUUCCGGGCGGAGCUUCCCCGUAUAGGCCAUCAAAGGGAGUACCCCCGGGGGGGGGGGCAUAGCCCCUUCAAAUGGGGCCGUAGGCAAACAAUGCCUUUACUUCUAAUAUGGAAGAGACGGUGGACUCAGCCCGAGACCGUAGGAGGGGGGAAUUCCUAGUACAUCAGAGAUCUAAUGCAUCGCUGCGGGGAGGGGUGCGGGGCGUGAAAAGAAUUGUACAAAAGACCGAAAGACUGAGCUUCUCUUAGUCGAUAUCAUUUGUCCAUAGUCAUCGAACUUCACCUGUUUUCCAGAGCAUUGGAUAAUGUUUUUCCAUCUUUGUAACACGAUCGAAUGGUGGUUUUAUCGGUCAGCCUACAGGUUUCUUUCUUUCUGAAAACCGUUGUAAGCCUUGAUGACUUUCUAGUAAAACAUAACAGCCACAAUUUUUUUUUAAUCGCGCACUUUUUUCUUCUAUUUAAUUUUGACAGCAAAUUCUCCAAUUUGACCUGCUUCGACCAGUACCUUGCUGUAGCAAAAUGUGCCAAUAUCGUAAAAGAUCAGAAAGCCAAACAACCCAGGACCUUUGGUUUAGUGUCGCCAGCUCCAACAGUCAACCAGGUGGAAUUCUUGUACGACUUGUAUGAACUUGCUGGUGAUGUACACGGCCUGCUGGACUUUGUGGCAUUUGUUCUUAUGCCAAGCGAAGAUGACAUUUUAACCACUCAAGUCGCACUUGUUAAAUCAGUGGUAGGGACCUUACCAACCAAAUCGACCAUUGUGGUGGCAAUGCUGCGGAAAUAUCACGGUAGCCUGAUGCUGCUUCCAGAACACACUACCAGGAUAUUCAGAGGGUAAGUUAGUCCGCUUUUCGUUUGUCAGAACUGGCCGGCCGGACCUUUGCCGUACCAGUCAGUUAGCAAAUGAAAUCGGCUUUUUCAAAAGGGUUUUUGUUGAAAAACCACCUCCUUCGUGCAUACUAUUUAGGAUUUGACUGAUCCAGCCAGAUAGUUUUGAUUAAAAGUGAAAUUCUCAUUACGAUGGGAAUGUUCUGGCCGGUCAGUUCUGACAAAUGGAAAGCGCCCUGGGAAAAGAGCCGACAAUUUGCGAAGUCGCCAUUAGUUUUCCCACGAAACGACGUCUGAGAAACGUGGGCAGAAAAUUAUUCCAUACUGAUGACGCACCACUACCCAGGUCCAGGUAGCCCUCGAGCAAGUUCUCUGGUUAUCAAGUUUUCUUAAUGAACUAUCAGUUCAUGUACACUGCAUGGGACUUGCUGAAAGCAUUUUAAAUAAAUGGGUGAAGAUAAUGGUUGUGGGCAAAGGGUUGAGUCCAUUUUCAGGAUCAAUUUGUGAAAUUGUUAAUUCAGUUGGUCAGGGAAUUUCAGAAACUUAUGGCUGUAGCAACCAUGAGUACCCCACUAGGAAUGUAAGCCGAGAUCGAUCCCCUGACGUCACGCUUUACGGGCUAAAGUCCUAUUAGCUGAGCUCAUCUUGAAGUUACUAAAGAACAACAAUACAUUAUUUUCCUUACAGUCUCCUUGCAGCGGUGGAAAAUAUUGCUUAUCCUGGCAUUUGUUCUUCGUCGGAGAGAUGCAUCCUGGCGCUGUUGUUUGACUUGUAUUCAACUUGUGGUCACCUCAGAGUAAGAUUGAUGUUAUGAACUUAAAGGGGAUGUUACACGAGACGAUUUGCAACGACGAUUUUAAGCGCAACACAGCGUACCAAAGUUGGAACAAUGCUGCAACCAUUCGAAACAAUGUCACAACAAUGUUGUAAUGCUGUGUUGCGCUAAAAAAUUAUCGUUGCGAUUCGUCCCGUGUAACAUCACCUUAAAGGGGCUUUGUCACGAUUGUCCAAUUCAUUUUGCCAAUGAUGCCAAUUACGUGUCCUUGUAAGCUAUAGAACUACUGUAAAUGACUAAAUCACUGCUUCACGUCAAACAAAUAUGUCCCCUAUCGUGAUAAAAAACAAAAAUGAACUUGGAAAAACUGUAAGGCUAACAAAUUUUAAGAAACUACAAUUACAAUCUGUUUCAAUGUUCUUCACUUUUCUCCAUCAGUGCCUCCAUUUUUAUUUGCUGUGAUUUUUUACCCCUUAGUUUAAUGUUUUGAGCGGUUAUUUUUGUUUUACCAGAAACUCAUAAGGGGUUGAACCCCUUAGCAGUUUCUGGUUUUGCUCAAUUUGGUGGCAGUUCCCACUCUUUGAAUUUUGAUAAAUUGCGUGACCAGCUUUUUUUAAAUCCAGAGCCUUGUUUUGAAGGUGUUGAGAAUUACAAGGGCAGUGAAACCUCACCAAACAUUUUUAAUUAUUAUUUAUUCCUGGCCCAAACAUCGGUUUAGUAAUUUCCUAGUAUUCUACAACCCAAGAAGGGUCCGUGCAGAAACGUCCUAUUGAGGUUUCGCAAAUUUGCGAAUGCGCAUAAAACUUACAAAAAUUUUACUUGUGCGAAACAUCCAGAUAGAGUGGUUUUCGUUCGAGUGUCGUAAAACCAAAACCAAAGUAAUUACUCUGGCCAAUCACAUAGGACACAGACAAUACAUUGAACCAAUCAAAACUCGAAGUAAUUACAUGUGGCUGACGCAAAGCGCGUCGUCACAAUUGGCUUUGGUUUUACUUCUGAUUGGAUGAAAAGGUGGCGCGAAUCUUUUAAGCCAAUCGCAUCGUGUAGAAAGUGCAAAACCAAUUACUUUUCGACACUCAAAUGAAAACCGCUCUAUCUUAAUCCACACUCAGCACUCAGGAGCUUAAGCAAAGACGACGACAAUGGCAGUGAAAACGUCUCUAAAAACAUGAAUUCGUGUCCUUUCAAACUUUAUCGCGCCUAUUUGCACCCGCUCAAUUUGUCAAAUGUAGGCGAUUCCUCCUGGAGUUGAAUUCUUAAGGACUUUGUCCAGGUUCAAAAAGAGACAGGAAUAUUCGUCGUUGUAUGUCCACGACCUUCAUAAAACGUCGCAUUAGGAGAUUUCACGUCAUAGUCGGGCAGUGGACUCAAAGAAAUGUGCUAAAAAGCGUGAUGCACGUGCAGAGCUGUUGUUUUGCUCAUAAAACCAAUUGUUUUUCGACGUUGUCGUUGUCGUGGUGGUUGCUUAAUCUCCCUAUUAUUUACUCUUGUGUAAUACUUUAUAAUUUGUUCUAUAUUUAGCUGAAGUAUGCAGAUAUCUUCAGUACGGCCUACACCAAGAUCAAACAAGCUGUAUGUUCAAGCACCACACCAUCAGCCUGCACAGAGCCUUAUGACUCGAAGUUUAUGGCAGAAUAUUUCCAGAAUCCAAGGUCAGAAACUGCUGCUUUUUUCAGUUUAUGAUAUAGUCUGAGAAAACAGCCGACAUUUCGCGUCGCCGCAACGGGUUUCCCCGCAAAAUGAAGUCUGAGUGACGAGCGCCGAAAUUCUAUACUAUUGACGUGUCACCUCACGGGAGUAGGACCUGUGUACAAGGAGAUAUUGUUACCCUUUUGCUAUUGUGACCCUAGUAAGCGGGUUAAAGAUAGCCCGGGUUUACAAGCAGUGAUUUCACAGGUAGGGUCACCCUAUCACCCGGGUCAACUUUACCAGCUCUACUGACGUGUUUUGUGACGCUUGAGCUUUGUAGCGUCCAAGAUUUGAAAGGAAACUAGAAGCUCUCUAUAGGGAACGCGUUAAAUUCACAAUAAAACGGAAAAAUAUUAUCAUCGUAUACAGAAAAUAGCUACUAUUGUUCAGAUGUUUAUAAUUUAGCUCAGAUAUUGGAUAACUCCGUUCACGUUGUCAAGAUUGCUGUCUCUCAUGACAGAGGAGCGUUUGCAAGGCAGGUAGGGUAACCCUCUUGCCAGGGUAACCCUUGCAUUCAGGUAGGGUUAGCCUAGCGCUAGGAUAACCCUACCUGCCUUGUAAACACGUCGCGUAAAAAAAAGAAGAAAUGUGCUUGUGCUAUAGUGACCCUCUUGCAAGUGUAACCCUAACACCAGGGUUAUGCUCCCUCCUUGUAAACAGGGCCUUACAGCGUAUCUAGUAUCAGUUUCCAUUAUUUCACAAAUUUGAUGUAACGUUUCAGAACCAAGCGGCUUGAUGGCAUUUGGGAAUACCUCCAUAACCACGAAAAACCCUCUGAUGUGUACAGCUUUGUGUGCAACGCCAUGAUGAAUGUGUGUAACUGUCAAAGUAGUGAAAGGUGAGUUUGUAGAAAAAGUAUAUCCAGUGCACAGGAUCCCCAUCAGCUUCUCUGGUAACUUCUAAGUUUGUGGUUCUCAAGAAUGCUAACUUAGGAGAGGAAAGAUGCAUUUAGUUUGAAUACGAUUUUUUUUUUGUUUUUUUUCACAAUGGUACAGAUUUUUUACUUUCUUUCUAUUAUUGUAUCAUCUGCAGGUUGUAUGACAUUGGUGUGUUGUGCGCCGAAGUUACAGCGCACCAUGGCAGGCUCAGUUCUGAAUGGCUUGGAGUCCUAAGAGCUCUGUGCUGCUCAUCGAACAGUUCAUCUGGUUUUGUUGACUUGCUCUUGGAAGUAGAUGUGAGUAAACUCACCAGAACCUAAGUGGUAACGGAUAAUUUUGCCAUAAUGUUAAGUAAUUUUGACAGUUUUGGAAAUCUCCCUUCUAAAUGGAUGUAAUGAAGCUGCAUUUUUUUUAUUUUGGUGCAUGCACAUUAAUCAAAAUUUGGACGAAUCUAAUUCGAUCGUUCUUUCUUUCUCUCUUGCUUACCGUUUCCUUUGUUUUCUAUGUCUAGUUUUGUUGCACUUAAUCGUCUUAAUCGUAUUUCUUUCCUAUGGAAUGUCGGCUGGCUAACAGUUCGCUUUCCAAAUUUAUCUGGAAUGAGUUGUAGGUGAAUGGCGAAGUUGGCAGUGGAUGUUCCCCCAAAGUUCAUAAUCUGCGUCGUUCCAUACUGACCUAAAAUGACCCGAUCCGUUGCUAAGGGGUUAAAGCAAUUACCUAUUGACAAAGCGUUGUUUCACCCACCACAGGUAGGAGAUUUAUCAAUCCAUGAGUCAGUAGCCACAUUUACAGCCCUGCUUAUUGCCAGAAGUUGCUUUUCACUAGAGGACGUGAUCUACCACGUGGCUUUACCAUCUCUUUUAGCUGCUCUACCCUCUGGUAAGUUAGAAGACACUCUCUGCUUGCUCCCAAUUUUCCUUGAUGUCUUGACGAAUAGUAGAAGUCCAAACGAAUGCUGGCUACAUGAGUGUCGCGCAUGCGUAAUAGCUGCUCUGGUCGCCCGGAAAUAAUUGCCCUGGGUGAGUGGGUGAGAGAGUGAAAGGAAGGGGGGCGUAAGAGAGUGAUGGGGUUAGUGAGAUGAUGGGCAUAAGGGAGACAGGAGGCCAAGUAACAAGAGGAAAAUAUGAUAAGAAAGGAGAUUGGGGUGUGGUUAGAGACUUACAGGAAACUGCUCACCUACCCCAACAUUUUGCAGUAAGUGAGAAGUAAGAGUUAACGUUCAGUUAGGAGAGGGGUAGGUGGGCAGUUUCUCCAGAAAGCUAGACUGAUCCGGGAUUUUAACUAUUUGUGAUUGCAGGAGGUGCUGAGAACCAAGAUGCCGAACAAGGAGCAAGACUAACAUGCCACAUACUGCUUCGACUUCUUGACGAGUCUACAGACCACAUGUCACACGACCACUCCUCUGCUCUCAAAUUUCCAUUUCCUUUUCCUUUUUCCUUUUCAUCUCCUGACCAUCACCUGCUGGCAGCCGCACACGAAACCAUUGGGAUUGGUGCUGUUCUGGCUGUAUUCAAGGCCAUGCUUAAACUCUCUGAAGCAGGUUUGUUUGUAUUAUAUAUCAAGCUUUAUCUCUCCAAGUUGUAGCAAGAAGGUCAAGGUCGAAUGACAACAUUGCGGUCUCAGAAACUUCGCUUAAACAAAAUCACUGCGGAAACCAUAAAGCGGAUCUAAAUGAAAAACCUACCGACUCUCCGCGAUGAUUCUUCAUUCGCAAUAAAGGAAAUGUGUGGCGUACGCCGCACAGGCAAAGCAAACUCACUUAUGGCAGGUUUUCUGUCUUGUUUUCCAGACAGAGCAAGUGAUGGUGGCUCAACAAGUGCUAGCGACUCCACUCGUGAUGAUGCAUUCCGCGGGCUGUUUUCCAACAGGUUGGAUGACUUCAUGGAUAGCACUUCCAGUACCGGAGACAUCUUUCCUCCACCUCUGGCUUCAAGCAGAUCAGGUUGGCCACAGAAAAAGCGCUUCCCUUUCCUAGCACUUGUUUUUUGUUUUCCUCCCACCAAUGCUACUUAUUCUCUCCCAUUCACACAUCCCCUGCUUUUCUCCCUUCCUUUCCCUUCUCUAGGUAUACCGUAAACUGCAACUCAUUUUAUUGCUGGGUUUAUACUUAUUAAUAAGGAGUUUUUACUGGGAGGGCUGGGGCUUAUAACCGGAAUCGAAAAAGUGCUUCGAAACAAACUAUAGCAGUGCUGAUUAAAAUACGUUUUGAUCAUACCGCGGCAGGAUUAGCUCAGUCGGUAGAGCGCUUGAUUGCAGAGCGGAAGGUCGCGGGUUCGAUUCCCGGGGUCGGACUAAUACUCAGGGUCUUACGAAAUGAUCUGGGAAAUGAAGGUACUCCCUUUGCACUGCAAGCGGCUAGACCUUCGCGUGGCUCGGAUGACCACUUAAGAUGGCGGUCCCGUUUUUGUUUUUGUUUUUUUUUUUUACAUUUGUUAGUUUUUAAUUAUUCUUCAAAACGUCAUAAUAAGUUGAAUUCAAAAAAGGUUAUAGCUAUAGCCUGCCAGCAAGCUCUUCGAGGCGCUCUGGCAGCGGGGCGUGAAAAUGAAGGAGACCUUGCAACUACGUCUCUGGAAUUUGAAUUCCACCUCCAGUCCCCUAUGGCUCCCCGUCGACUGAGCUGUCUGAUGUCCGGUAAUCAGCGCGAAGCGGAAACGAGUACGAAUUUAAACAAACGUUGGAAAACUCGCACCAAGAGUAGUGACGUCAUUAGUAAUGUCAUCUCCGCCAAUCAGCAUUUCGAAUCAACUUUUUAGAUGCAGAUAUUCAAUUUGCAAGCUCUCCUUCCUUUUCUCGCCCGGCCGCCAGAGCGCCCCAGAGAGCUUGCUAGCAGUCUAGUGGGGAAGGGGCAAUAAGCGGCAGUUUAUGGUAUCUUCUCUUCCUUGACCAUCUUUCUUAACCACUGUCGUUUGGUAAUACAUCACCCAAUCUAUUCCUUCUCUCUCCCUUCCCUUGUCUCUUAUGUGGCUCCUUUCCUCCUUUCCUUCUUUCCCUCUCUCGUUAGUCUUUUCUCUUCCGUCAGCCCUGGCCCUUCAUCCACCCCCUCUUCUCUCCGUUCGCUUCUUUCUACUUAAUUGAAACCCUUCUUAUCUUCCUUGAUCUUCCCUCCUUCCAAACUUCUCUCCUCCCCUUUCCUUACAUCGGUCAAGACAAGUUCAGAGAACGGUUUAUCUCCAUAAAAGGGAUUCUCUUAAUUUUAACGUCGUGUAUGGAUGUUUAAUAAAACUGCGUUCUAUGCAAUUUUCAAUUUUGCCAGCUCUGGUUUCUUAAUACAUUUCUCAACGCGAAUAGUUUGAAAAGGGCAUAUAAUAACAAAGGCAAAACAUUAUUUACUUAAAAUAAUCCCCAUGUAAAAACGUGCGGUGUUACUUAGACUUUGCUGAGCUUGUUUGUAAUGCAUAAGAAAUACCAGCGAGGUUAAUUCAAAGUUGUUCUGUGGAUUUUUACAGCUAUGGAGACUUCCAACGCCAGUCAAUUUGCUGGAUUUGCGUUGCAAGUGAUCUGCAGACAGGAAUGGGUGAGGGAGAGGUGUCUUCAAGAUCCACAAGUUCUCUGUUCACCUGAACUACUGUUGGAUCCGGCGAUUUCUCCAAAUCAGGUUAGUGCACAUUUUGCUAUGGAAGGGGUUUGUGAUUAAAAAAGUUGUCUUUGCCUAGUAAUCUAUUCAACAACAUUCAUAUUCAUGCUCAGUUGUUUUAAGGUAUGAGAAAAUGAUUGAUCAGGGCACUAAGCCAGGCUGGGACAGCUUGGCUUAGGGAUAGUUACUAAGGCCCACGCGACUCUCUGGGUGGAAGGGUGAGCCGUUCACCCCUGCGUGGCUCCUUUAUUAGCUGAGAAAGAAUGAAUGAUUUCCACAAUUUAUCAUAAGGAGUUAUGUAAUCGCACGUGAAACUGUUUGACUAGCCACGUUCAACCUGUUAAUUGGGUGUGUUUCAACUUCGCAUAUCAUUAUGAGUGAAUAGUGUUCGUGUACUCAAAGACAAAACCAAAAGACCAAAUGGCUAACAGUGAAUUUGUCUAUUAGGCCAGAAAAUUGCUGCAUCUCAUCUGCUAUCCAGCUGGUGUCCCAUCAUCCAUUGGUGGCCUUGUUGCUAACAGCAACGACAUGGAAACAGUGCAUGAAGCUGCAAGCAGAAUAUUGCAGGUCAGUGGUGGUGUAUAUACCUAGCCUGUAAGCAUGAUCUCGACUCGAGCAAGGUGGUGAAAGGGCCGGAACGAUUGUAAAUUGUAAAUUGUAAUUUGUUUACCAACGAAGCUCUUAGGAGUUCUUAUGAGAUCGAAUUGGAAUUUGGACUGAAGUGUUGGUUUUUUCAGGAGAGGGGAAAACCGGAGUACCCGAUGAAAAACCUAUUGGAGCAAGGGAGAGAACCAACAACAAACUCUGACCCGCAUAAGGCUUCGACGCCGAGAUUUGAACCUUGGCCACAUUGUUGGGAGGCGAGUGCUCUCACCCACUCUCACCACGCAACCCUUGCUCCCCAGGGAGGGGUGAGGGAAAAAAUAAAGCUUUCAAUCGAAUUCCACAAUGGUAGAUAUACAAAUGUGGCAUGCUGGCAAGGUUUCAAAGAGCCGCAAUGUUAGAAUAUACAUUUUUCUCAUGUAUUCACCAGGCUUAAAAUCCACCAUCACAUUUCUGUCAUUGAGCAUAAACACAUAGUAUAGACAUUCCAUUCCUUAGCAGUAUCAAGGAUUUUUGACACAGGAACCUAGCUUAGUGGCCUUAGAUCCUACGAGUUUCCUCUCGUAAUCAGACUAGCAGUGAGAAGGUCAGGUUCGACUCCUAUUUGAAGUACUCGGAUUUCUUCUUCCGAGCCACCUGGGUCACUGACUGAUUAAACAUCCUCCUUAUGUAUUCACUAGGCUUAAAAUUCACCAUUACAUUUCUAUCAAAUGUGAUGGCGUUUUAUUUUAAAUUUUUACUCAGAACUUACCGUGUUGUCCAGAGAAGAAAUCUUAUUCUUGUAGUACAGGAAGUUUAUUUGGUACUUGGCUAAAAUAUGCCUCUUUUUCUUUGUUUCGCCCCUAUCCUAUUCUCAGCCCCCUUACGUUAAACUAGCUCAGUCCUUUUAAAUCUUCAAAGCGAUGACAAGUUUUUUGUCCAACAGAAUCUGGAUCAGUGGUCGUUACGAAAAUCAUGGUUAGAGUUGCAACUCAUGAUCAAGCAGGCUUCUAAAGAGGUACCAAGGUUCUUCUCAUUUGCAUAUCAGCUCCCCUUGCCAUCUUUUUAAAAGGCUAAAAGCUUUUGGUCGGGUUUUGUUAUUUAAGACUUUAUUUAGGCUCUAUUUAGACUUUAUGUUGUUAUUUAAGACUUUAUUAAGACAUUAUUUAGGCUUUGAAACUGUUUCACGAGACCUGUUAUCUUUUGCAACGGCAAGGAUGGACAAGGAUUUGAAAAAGCUGCGCCCAUUUUUUCAAGUGUCAGUGCUUUACCUGUAGAAAUCACACAAAAAAAACUCACUAUGGUUAGUACUCCCUGAUAAAAUUUGCGUGAUAUUUUCUUUAGAGCUUUACAGUAACAGGAGCAUUUGGUGUAAAGGUAGAGUUAAGUAGUAAUGACUUCAGCGCAGACUUGACCUAACACGGCAAUAUCCCCCUGACGUUAGUUUGAUUUUGGUCUCUUGCGUGAUACACUACAUAACGAAAUUUCUUUGUGGUGUGGCCAUAAUUCUCAAGAAACAUUUUCAUUCUAGGAAACUGGACCUCUUUUGGAUGCUAUCGCUACCAGCGCCAUGAAUGUCUUUGUUCAGCGGCAUGACACCACGCCCUUAGCAACAGCACAUAGCAACCAGAAGUCUGUAGUGAUCAAGGGUCCAGAGUGGCUUGUUGCUCCUUUGAUCUCCAAACUUUCCAACUCGGUACAAGGCCGACUCCUGAAGGCCGCAGGUGAAGUACUGGACACGAAACAGUGGUGGAAGGAUCAUUCUGUAAAGUCAUCCGUGUAAGGAACAUUUGAAGAAACUAAUGUCAUAAUUAUGUGUUAGGCUUGUAAUAGUAAAGGAGAGAUUUCGCAGCAUUCUACAGUGGACGGAAAAUACAGUCGAUCCCGUUAAUACGGACACUGAGAGGACCACAGAAAGUGUCCGUUUUAACGGGGUGUCCGUAUAAUGUGGGUUGAAUUUUGAGUAGUCUGAAAUGUCAUACGACUCCACCCCGUAACCCGGGGUAGUUUAUGUUAGAAGCUACCUGACGGAAAAUGGUAGGAAUGCUAUUGAACGUUGUCCACCGUCACAUCAAAAGAGUCUGACGGGCUUCUUAAAAUUUACAAACUAUGUUCUAUUUUAACCGCUUUGUGUUUGUAGCCCCACCCUGGUUCAUACCCAGCCAUUCCUGUCGCUCGUGUUAGCUUGUCUCAAGGGACAAGAAGAUCAGAGAGAGGCCUUACUUUCCUCCAUUCAACGUCAGCUAGGUCAACUGCUGGCUGCUCCUGCUGAGGUUUGUCAUUGACUUUAUUUUGGUUAGUCAUAUUGCUCAGUAGCUUCCGUUUACAUGGUUACAUUCAAGAGUUUCAUUGUUUCAUUGUUGGACUCAAAAGUUAGAACCACCCUGUACAACAUAAUAAUCAGUAUUACAGGAAAAUACUGUUCAGUAGCUUUCAUUUGAAUGGUCACACUUUAGGAUUUCAUCCACAGACUCAAAAGUAUAACCACCCUGUACAGCAUAAUAAGUAGUACCACGGGAAAGCACUGUUCAAUAGCUUUCAUUUGAAUGGUCACACUUAAACAUUUCAUCCACAGACUGAAAAGUUAGAACCACCCUGUACACCAAAUAAACGGCAAAUCAGUACAUGUACAGUACUGGUAUCCGGUCGCCUCCCCACCAAACCAUCUCGCCACCAACGAAUUCGCCACCAAGAAAUAUAUAUGUCUUAAUUGUUAAUUUAAGGAGGUAAGGUUUAAGUGACAAUAUUAACCAACUUUCAUAAGAGAGGCUGUUGGAUUUUAAACGAAUUGCACCUCUCGAGAGAUACAAAUAAGCCGUAUUAAGAUAUUAGAUAGUCGCAGUUGUUUACAAAAAUAAAACUAAAGAUGAGAAGUUCGACGUAAGCUGUCCGUUAAAAUCGAUAAACUUAUAUAUGGGCUUGAGGAAGAAGUAACAAUCCCACGUAAGUAAAAAGUGUGAAUUGCUGAGUUAUUAUGUGUUGGCGAGUAGAUUUCUUAGUGGCGAGAUGACCGUAAGCCACAGGUACUGCCUUAGUAUCUUAACGAUUUCAUUGACAGGCUUCAAAGUUAGGACCACGCCUUGUACAACGUAUGAAAGGAGUAGGAAACAUUAGAGACUUUUAGAUUCAAUUUGCUUCAUAGCAUGGCGUAUUUUUUAAAUUCGUGUUUACAGGAGAGGUGCCCUACGGAUUUGAAAAGCAAAGAAGUUCUCCAAGAAGCUUUACAUUUGCGAAUCAGCCUGGUUAGUUUUCCCUCUCUGCUUACACUUGUCUGAGUUUUUUAAGAAGGUUAAAUUGAAGAGGAGAGUGUGUCUUGUUUUGUUUUGUUUUGUUUGUUUGUUUGUUUGUUUUUUUCGGAUCACGAUUGACGAAGGAUGAUGAUUUUUUUUUUUCUAGUUGGGUGCUAUGUUUGACACCAUUCAACGUAGCAGUCAGAUGUCAAGUGAUUGGGCCAUAUUACUAUUCCAGCUCGUCAGCUCUGGGACAAUCACUGCUGAUUCGCUUCCUACCAAAAAGUAAGCUUUAACCCAGUAGUAUUAAACAAUACAAGGGUUUACUCAUGCCAAUUGGAACAAGCAAACUACAGAUAUUACUGUGGUAUAAUAGCCUAUCUUUUAUCUAUAUGAUGAAACUCAAGUAAUAAUGAAGAUAACGACGUGAUUUUGUAAUACGUUACUCAACAAAAACAUAUCACACCAUUCGGAAAAAAUUGUACCCAUUUGGACAAGGUACAAAGAUAAAAAUUUACCAAAACGUGGAAACGUCGUUGCUUCUCAAUUUAUAUUUUUCUCUUGAUCAAAUGUCUAUUCUAAACCAACUGAAUUGCAAAACCUUAAUUCUUUAGAACCCUCUCUAUCCAUCACAGGGUUUGUGAAUUACGUACGGUCGAUUGCCAGCCGAAACCGAUUCAAGACCGAACCCGAUGGAGCGGCACAAAUCGAGCCUAAAAAUUUGGCAGUCUGUUUCUCGGCUAUUUCAAGAUCUUUCUUUGGUCUGGGCUAACAAGAUAUACUAGUAGUAAUCAUAGAUUACUUAAAAGGGGUCGAGGUUCCAAUUCCUGCGUUUUAUCACAUAGUUUUGCGGCAAGGAAAACUUUUAUUAUUUGUGAUAUCACAUAUUUUAAACGUUAAAUUAGGCAUGUAGCUUGCGUGAAAACGAAGUUAAUUUAUAAGACAGCGAAAAUGGCCACCAUUCUCUAUUUUUCGUCUCGUAUUCACAGGACCCUUUUUGGAAACUUAAUCAAGGACGAGGUCUGUUGGCCUAAUUACGCGUAAAAACCUUUUUUUCUUCUUCUUCUUCAAGGGAAUUAUUGACGAACGUGCUGGACAUGGUAUCAGUUUUGAUCAGCGUCGUUUCCAAUACAGACUCAGUUCACGGUCAGUCUGCUGAUGAGAGCCGUAAAGCUGCUUUUGCACUUUUCAAGAAACUCAAGGUAUGCUUGUUCUUAGCAGCAAUAAUAAUCCGAUCAAAUGAAGAAUGAUCCUCGCCGUUGUGAACAAAACUUAUGCAAUUGCGUAAGAAUCAUCAAAAAAAAAAAAAAAAAAUUCAGGACUUCAACGGGAUUUGAACCCGUGACCUCGCGAUAUCGUUCCGAUGCUCUAACCAACUGAGCUAUGAAGCCACUGAUGUUGGGAGUCCGUUGCAGUCCUGAUUUCUUUUUCAGACUUCUUACGCAAUUGCAUAAGUUGCGUUCGCAACUGCGAGUAUGUAGGGAACAGGGAAUCUUCUUCUUCUUCUUCUUCGUGAAUGCAUUUCAUUUUUAUUGAGUUUCGUACAAUUAUGAGAUUUUUGGUCUUCCAAAGUGAACUAGACGCCCUUGACGUGUUUCAGACACGUGUUUCAUCUAAAGUGUGGAUGGAUAUAGGUUACAAAUAUUCAAAUUUUUAUAUUAUCGUUUUCAGCGAGAGUUUGCUGGCAAAAACCCUGGUGACAUUAUGCAGCAAAGUAAACAACUUCUUCCUCUCCCCUCCCUCUCACACGGCGUGCUUACAGUCUCGGCUGUCAAAGAGACACCGUCCACCUCUGCACAGGCCGGAGACAAAACCCCAUCAGGUGGAGGGACAAGUUGCCAGGUAUUGUUUUUAGCUUGUUUGCCUUUGUGAUUGAAAGUGACGUUAAUAACUUGAUUGAUGUUUUUGAACUAAAGGUGAGAGAUUGGUGGUGAUUUCUCAACGAAUUUGGGUUGAAAUUCCCGUUUCGUCUGUUUUUUAGUUUAUUUCAUAUUAUUAUCAUUUUUCAUCUGUUUUUUCUGCCUGCGGCCCUGAAUGGGGCAACAAAACAACAAUGGGGUAAGAAAAAUUAUGUAUUGAAACGUAAUUGGUCUGCGCUGUUCUUUUCGUAUCCGUAGGGUCUCCAGAUCACUGGCAAACAAAGAAUCAGUGCUUGGGAACUCAUGGAGGGUCACAAAAACCCCUCACCCCUGUCAUGGGCGUGGUUUGGUGCGGUCCGAAUUGAGCGCAAGCCAUUAAGAUAUGAACAGGAUUUUCGAAGGUUACUACACCACACGCAUCCAAGGCGGCGCCCUCUGAGCUACUUUCUUAAUCCUGCGCCGGACAAAGAAGAUGAGCAGGAUGAAGAAGAGGAUAGACAUGAGACGGAAGGUGCAACGGGAGAGCGAUCCAGUCAACCAUCAACUCCGCAAACACCAGCUGAUAGUAAAGGUACAAAACACCAACCGUACAUUUGACGCUUGGUUGUUACGAAUUACCGUAAAAUUCCGAAAAUAAGCCCCUCCAAAUAUAAGCCCCCCAAGCCGGUGACGCAAAAACCCUCCGUUAAAUCGCCCCUCCAAAUAUAAGCCCCCGUGGGAUUGUACUUGGAAAAUUGCCCUCAAAUACAAAGUAAAACAAAGCAAAAAAGGUAAAUUUACUUUAAACUAUAAGGCUAGUCCAAUCGAUUUUGAAACGCAAAUUUCCCUCCGUAGAUAAGCCCCUCCGAAUAUAAGCCCCUCCAAAACUAAGCCCCUCAAAAAGGGCCUUUGAAAAAAUGUAAGCCCCGGGGCUUAUUUUCGGAAUUUUACGGUAUUAUGCAUUAUUGACCAAGACUGAGGUCAGCAUGGCUGAUUAUUGGCCAAGUUGUUUUUCCCCUUUUUUAUUCCGGACCGAUAUACCCUGGGAACAGGGAUUUGCUUUUUCUUCUUUCCUUAUUCCUGAUAAUUCGUGGCGAAGCCGCGACAGUGAGGCGCAGGGAAAGAAAAAACGUCUCGGGAGCUUUAUCAAACAGUGCGCUCAGUUUAUCUCACCCUUGGUAUUUAGAGAUCAGAACCUGGAGCUAGUGUAAGACCGCGACGUACUCGAGGUCUUUUAAGACACAAAAAAGAACGAUGCCACUAUCCAGCCAUCUGAACCCAACAAGCCUGGUCAAUAAAGGUUUAAUUUUAUGGCCAUAAAGAGUAUUUUACUUGCGGGACUAACGCGAGAAAUCCUGGGAGGGCAAGAUGGCUCAUCUCACGCGUUUCGUUUGGUAGCCGAUCAGAACACAGUAUUCGCUUCAUUUUGCGGAUUCAGUCAUACAAUUAAGGCGAUUAGUACAGACGUUAUAUGAAACUCUGUAAAGCCUGUUUCAUCUAAAGGCCAGAAAGCUUGAUAUCAGUGUUAAGGGAGUAGUUCAUGCAAUUUUCUGUGAUUCGCCUUUUUCAAUACGACAGUAUUUGCCUAAUAAUCUUACAUGUGAUAUCACUCACUAUAUUUAGGUGCCACACCAUUGGUACCUUCACUGGUGAUGGGCGGCCUUAACAUGGCUGCCGUUCACGCAAUGCAAGGAAACGUACCCCCAAAUCAGGUUGCUGUGGCAGAAGGCAAACAGGCCAAAAAACAGGCUAAAAAAGGACCCAAGAGGGCACCCAAACCUCCAGGCCAUACAGCAGCGCAGAAGAAGAUGCAGCAACAGUUACUUCAACAUCAACAUCCACAGCAACAGCCGUACAUGCAGGUACCGCCGGCCGGAAUGAUGUUCGGCCAAACAACUCAGCAACAACAGCAGCAACAGGUCCUCUUUCAGCAGCAACAGCAACAACAGCAGCAGCAGCAGAGGGGGCUUGCGCAGGCAGGCUUGCAGCCUCAACAGCAGCCAAGGUGGGUGGUCAAUGAAGUCGUGGAAUUUACUGGUGUAGGUGCACCCUUACACCGACUUGGAACAACUUGUGCGAAAGCCUGCUCGUGAAGAUGCCUCCUAACACGACUAAGGAUAAUUUGUUAAGGAAACCUUGUACCCUUACACGCUAGGACAACUUGCUAAGAAAAACUCGCUCGUGUAGAUGCGACCUCACACGACCAAGGAAAAAUUGUUAAGGAAAGCUUGCUCUUAUAAAUGCAUCAAUCUUUCUUGGUACAUUUCUUUGCUGUCCUCGCACUAUUUCACGUUUUAAUUUGGACGGUCAACAUAACACAUCUAAUUUUUCUCGUCUUCAUUUCUUACAUUCCAUCUUAGCGUCAGUAGAAAAUACUUUUCGUUAGCUAUAUUUUGAAUGAUCAAAUUUGUGACUGUGAAGUCAAGUGCUAAAUAGUUUUUUUUUUCUUCGGAAGGUUGACAAAUCCGGCAGGAAUCAAAAACCCGUUAACAAACCUAAGGAUGCUUGUUUCUCACUCCGUGGCGUCGCAGAACACGAUUGGACACCAAACACAGAGGUCAAGUGCCCAGCUGCUUCAGAGAAUGAGACAAAAACAACAGCAGCAACCCCAACACCAGCAGCAACAACAACAACAAACUCAAUCAAUACAGCAAGCCAUGUUUAUGUCCCAGCAGCCAACUCUUCUCCCACAGCAGUUUCAAAAUCAAAUGUCGCAGCAACAACAACCGCAACAGGUCAACCAGCAACUUAGGCAUUUACCACAGGCUAACCAGGUACGAAAUUUUAAGAACCAUUGUCACGCAUAUAAUCAUCCGAACCGAUGGAAGCCAAUCAGUAUACAGACUUAAGUUUUAUUCACUGGUGAUUCCGAUCGACUAGAUAGUUUUGUUUCGCAUCAGGGGUUUUUGUAUCUGUCUCGAUCUGCUUGAGGCAUAUGGAGACAACUCGGACGAUCGAGACAUUCCGGAAGAUCAUAUAGAAUUCAGGGGUGCUCAUCAAUUACAUAGGCCACCUGGGUGGGUGUGCAUAGACAUACAGAUAGGGGAGAGGUGGAAGAACGACCAGCUACAAGGUGUAUCCAAAUCAGCCUAACAGAUUAAUAAGUGAUGAAAAAUUGCAUCCCCUCAAAUCACAGCCCAUAUUCCCUGCAGCUCCCGAAACAGAAUGGCGGAACUAUUUUAUUUACCUACCGAAAUACACUAAUUUUUUUUCAUUUUUAGCUUCAAGCGGUCCAGAGUGCAGGUCAGAUGCACUCUAAUCAACAAUACACUUUCACUCAACCCCAGCGUCCGCAGUCUCUGACCAUUGGUAGGACCCAGGUCGCUACUCGUCCCGAUCUCGUCUCUACACCAUCAACGCCGACAACCAUGACACUUCCAUCUUCUCUUGGAGGCAUGGUCACGCAACAGCAGCCAUUCAACACCGCUGGUUAUCAAGGUACAUUUGGCGCCUUUGCGAGUCAGAAGAAAUACGGUAGUUAAGCUUAUUAGAACUCAAUAGAGUCCUUGUGUUAUCGCCAACUUGUAAAUUGUAAAAUUCGUAUUAUCCACAACCCUCGGGGCUUUUCAAGGAUAAUUUACAACACUGGUGGGGGGAGUUUUUGCAAGACUGCUUAUGGUGCAGUGAUGCUGCCCCCCAACCUCCCCCCACCCAUCCCCCCUGUGAGUGUGAAAUUUGAGACCACCACACCGGGCACUACCUCCCCUACUCUUUACUAACAAUGUGGGGUCUUUAACCUCCCACAUAAUAAACUAUAUGUGCAAAGUUUGUGAGACGGGGUCUACGGUUUGUCGUCCUUAUCCGAGAAGACUAGAAAGUCUAACCGUUUGCAAAUGCCAUCACAAAGGCAGCACUUUCUCCUCAGAUAUUUUAAGACCCUGAGUUUUGGCGAGGCUUGAACUAGCGGCCUCCUACUCGGCCAACCGGCGCUUAUGCAAUUGAGCUAACUGGAAAGAACUGUUAAGUCAUAGCUCGACGAAUGAUGCUAGUUGCGUUAUGAUUUGAACUGUAACCGUUUGAUUUCUGCAAUAAAGAACUACAGUGAAAUCCGAAUAUAAAUAAGCCCGGUUCUGCGGCAUUUUGUAAUAACGACGUGUUGUGUGAUACUUUGUAUAGCGGAGGAGAUUCUUUCCUCCAGUUACAUUGAAAUUCUGAUAUAAUCGUAAUCAUGUGAUGACGAACGUUUUUUCCAGUCCCUUCGCACUAUUUGUAAUGGGGUAUUGAAGCGACAUUAAAGUGGUUCCCUUAGCGAUUAAACUUAAAGUUUUGUUAUUGUUAUUGUUAUUGUUGUUGUUGUGUUCUGUCCUUAAAUCCUUCGUGGUGUUGCUGUUUUAUCUACUUUACUACUGAUUGAAUUUAAAACCUCAAAAUAAAAAAUUUUGCAGUUUUCGACUGGUUUUCUCUGUCGUAGGUCUAACUGUAUCCCAGGCGCUGACAAGGGCUAUACAACCUCAACAACAACAACAAGCGCAACAGCAACAACAGCAGUUUACAUUAACUGGUCAGCGGACUAUUCAACCACAACCGCAAGCCACGUUACAGCAUAAAAUGCCUGUGUCAUCGGGCCAUGCGCAGAUGAACGCGGUCUCGCAGAUGCAGCAAACGUUUCAGUCACAAUACCAGCAGAGCAAUAUCGACAGACAACAACAACAGAGGUUACUAGCAGCUGCGGCUGCGGCUGCUCUACAACAGCAGCAGCAACAACAACAGCAACAGCAACAACAACAACAGCAACGUCAUUCGACUGCAGAGCUGGUGAGACAACUACAAAGGAUUUCAGGUAAAAACAAUGUUAACCUCUUCGUCCGAUGAGUUGUUGUGAAUGAUUAGGGGCUUAAGCCCGACGUAAGUGAUCCUCACUAUCGCGAAGAUUGCAGUCUGAUUAGUUAACUUCUUCAUUAUCUGUUGCGUCAUAGAAAGCGAGUAGUGAGCCAAAGCUUUGAGGAAAAACAAGACAGUAACAACUUCAGUUCAUAAAAAUGUUCACUGAAGGAGGGAGGGAGUCAUUAGCGCAUGAAAUCCACGUGUUCAGGAGCACUUUAUAAGUGCUACAAGUCGACAUUUUUUUCUGUUUUUCUCUUCACACAUAUCAUUUCAUUUAUUAAGCUAACAAUAGUAACCACAAGUCUUUGCGAAAGUUAACUCGGCCCAGUUUCCUUCUCGCUUUAAAGUGACGAAUGAGAUUCCAUGAUGAGCGGCAGAAUACUCAUCCUGGUCGUUAUUUUGCAGGCCAAGACAUGUCUCUACAACAGCAGUUUUCACAGGCUGCUGACAUUUCCCUCCAGAGGCAGCUAUCUGCGCCACCUGAAAUUGGGCUUCCGAGACAAGUGACUUCAGCCCAAGAUAUCUCCUUUACGCGGCAGCUCUCCACUCCAGCACCUCAGGACCUUACUCAGCAGGCCCAGCAACAACAGUACACUACAAACCCUCAAUAUCAGGGCCCACAGUUUUGA